AUGGCGGCGCAAGCAAUCCGGUGCGCAGGGCUCCAACUCAACUCUGCCCGCUUCGUUUCCCUCGCAUCCAAGAUCUCUCGCAGCGCUUCGCCCCUUCUCUCCCGCUCUUUCUCCGGUGUACCCCUCCUUUCCCCAGGGCUUACGUCAGCGCCGCAUCACCCCGGCUGGCGGUACGUACCGCGCUGCUCCCUUUACUCACACGCGAAGUCCAAGUCAGCCAUGCCGGUCCGUUUGGGGGAGGUGAUUCCCGACCUGGAGGUGACGACCACUAAGGGCAAGUACAAGCUGCAGGAGUGGGUCGGGGAUGGCUGGGGAGCGAUAUUCUCCUUCCCGGCCGCCUUCACCCCCGUGUGCACCACCGAGCUGGCCGUGGUCGCCAAGUACCAGGCCAAGUUCAAGGAGCGUGACGUCAAGCUGAUGGGCGUGACGAUCGAGUCGCCGGACAACCAGGACUUUGGCAACUGGCUCAAGGACGUGGAGACAUAUGCCGAGACGAAGAUCGAGUUCCCGGUCGCGUUCGACCCGUCCCGGGCCAUCUCGGACAAGCUGAACCUGCUGGACCUGGAGAACCUGAACGGGGAGGGCAACCCGAUGAACGCGCGCGGGAUCCACAUCAUCCGCCCCGACAAAAAGGUGCGCGCCGCACGUCCGCUGGUUUUUCCGCUCCGUUCCGUUUCAUAUUUUCCGCUCCGUUCAAUCGGACAGAACGGGGAGGGCAACCCGAUGAACGCGCGCGGGAUCCACAUCAUCUGCCCCGACGAAAAGGUGCGCGCGCACAUCCGCAGAUACUUUCCUCACAGUUCUGUUCCAUCUUUCCGCUCCGUCCCGUCUGAAUUAUACUUGAACGGAUCGGGCAACCCGAUGAACGCGCGCGGGAUCCAAACCCGGCCUGACAAGGAGAUCCGGCUGACGCUGCUGUACCCCGGCCCCGUGGGCCGCAACUUCGACGAGAUCAUUCGGUGCAUCGCGGCGCUGCAGCUCAACUGGAAGCUCCACGUGGCAACCCCGGCCAACUGGAAGAUCGGGGACCGGGUGAUCGUUCCUCUGAAGAUCUCGGACGAGGAGGCGGAGAAGCGGGGCAUCAAAAACAUCAAAGCAGAGGACCUGCCGUCCAAAAAGAAGUACCUGCGCUGGGGGGAGGCGGAAGUGCUGACCAAGAUAUGA